AUGAAUGUUUCUAUUGAUUUACAAAAUCCAAUAACAUUACCUGCAAAUGGUCAAUCGCUGGAAAAAAGUGGCGACAAGUUUGUGGUUGAUUCCAGCAAUGAAUCUCAUCCAUUUGAUUGGCAUAAUGCAUAUUUUGAAUUGGACUCCCAGAUCACAAACAACAGAGUGGUAUAUUGGUAUGGAAUAGUAUGUUACAGGUGCAAGCAGAGAAACUGUAAGGGACUCGCUACUAACACACCAGGACAUUGGGCUUGCUGUAUAUGGUUUAAGUGAAAGCACAGUGAAGAAGGAAGCAAAAGAAGAAAGUGAACGACAAAUUCUGAACAGGCUUAAGCUCUCCAUGAAGCCACAUAUGUGUUCAGAAAAGCUAGAGGUUGACAGAGAGGAUAUAGUUAUGGACUUUUUCCAGUGUUCAUUUUGAUCCAGUGAUACCUAUCAAAGUGCAGAUCAAAGGAUAG